UUGUAAAUAGAUAUAUGUAAUACAUGUAAAGAAAUUGAAUGUAAUGUUAGAAAUAUGGUUGUAUUCUUAAUUUUGAUACACUUGUGGUUUUCAUAUUUCGCCCGUAAUUGUGAGGCAAUAAAAACUGUGAAUUCUUGUAAAUGUGAUUUAGAAGACGGACAAGUAAUCGAUCUCUCUAAAUUGGCCAAGAAAGACGGAUCAGCAAGAUUUGUUGAUAUUCAUGAUGGUCUUGGUUCUGAUACGUUUUCGUACAAUCCAUGUAAAGGAUUUAUUCAAGGAUCUUGCAGUGAUGUUGCGGUAUGUCAAACCAGAGGUACAGAUAAUUAUAAUGCUGGGGACCAAAAAGGAGCUGUUUGUUUUCAGGAUAAUACAGGAAUAUCCAUCGUUUAUACAUCCGAUUCGCCAGUUAUGACAGAAAAUGUAAAAAGAACAACAGUGCUUUAUCUAACGUGCGAUAGCAGCACAGAGGGUGACCUCCAGGUACAAGGAGAAAUCACAGAGUCAACAUAUCUGAUGACAUUAACAAGUAAAUAUGCAUGUCCGUUUACACCAUCCUUACUGUCGGCUGGGUCCAUUCUUAUCAUUGUGUAA